AUGGUAAAGAAAGGUAUCAAAUCUCAGCGAGCCAGUCGCAAUUCAAUCGCUUCUGCACAACGGUUACCUGUCCAUGUACGAAUCGCAGAUCAUAACGAUAUCGAUCUGCUUCGUGAUCUUUUCAUGGAUUUCAAACGGCGUACACGAAGGGGAAAAUUGGUCACUUUCAUGAAGUCAAUAAUGCAAUGGGUAAGCUGGACAGCUCCUAUUCAGCAGUCUAUUUCAGGAACCAUGACUGCUGUUUGCCCUAUCAAUUAUGUGAAUAUGCUCGGUUAUAAAGGUCCAAUUUGUGCACAUAUCACCAACGGUUUUCUAACCGAAACUGAAUUGAAAGUUUCAUGGAAUGAGGAAAACAUAACUGAUUUGAGUGCAUCAUUACAUGACUCUACUGAAACCAUUGGUAAAAAUAUGGAACUCGUUGCCCGUCGCAAACCGCGAAUAAUCACAACAGGAAUGUUAGAGUCAUUUUACAGUGAAGAAAAGGCGACGCAAAGAAGAUUUCCAGAUGUCGAUUUGAUCGAAGUUCUGCGCUCUGCUUUUCGAGAUGGAGUAUUUCGGAAAUAUCCUCGGUUGCAUCCAGCAUAUGAUUCACAAAUUACGCCCAUUUUAUUGCUUCAAUUUGAUCCCAACAAAACCUCAGGAUCAACCACUUUUUUACAUCUACAAUACUAUGACACAAUUGUGGGAAAGCUCAUUAAGAAUCUCAACAGCACGAUUGGAAUCAAGCAGAGCAUGUUCGACAAUUUACUGAUGCAUAGCCAAGACCUAUUGGAUGUCGAUGUAUGA